ACUCGCUCUAUUAGAAGUAAGUAUACAAACAGAGAUCAUGGAGGGAUCUCGUCCAGCAACACCAGAAGCACCUCCAGAAAACCUAUGGUCCUCGAUAUUGGACUCAAUUUCUUCUUCACGGUCAAUUCCUUCAAAGCAAGUACUGCUACUUGGUGAUCCAUCGUCUGGCAAGAAACCGGUUUCUGAAGAGAGCAAGGACGAGACACGAUCGGAUUUUGCCCUUGGUUAUGAUUGGGCCGAUAUCAGGGAUGACGGCGAUGAGGACACUUUGGCACGUCUAUCGGUGUACACAGUACCUUCGGACGCGAUAGCUUACACAGCUUUGAUGCCACACUUUCUGCCACCGCGGGUAUCGUUACCUCAUACCCUGGUGAUGAUUGUUCUGGAUUGGACGCGCCCUUGGACAUUUGUAGACAGUCUUCAGACGUGGCUCAAAUGGGUGGAGCUAUGGGCGAAGGGUGAUGGAUCUCGGGAUCUCGAGAUCGUUCGGGAAGAGAAUCACGAAAGACUGCAACAUCAUUUACAGCAUUAUACUGAGCCCUCCGUCGAUGCUGUCCCUGCCACCUCCAAUCUUUCCUCAAACACAGUCCUACCACUCGGUCCUGGCACUCUAACUCACAACUCUGCUGGUGUACCGAUUAUUGUUGUCUGUACCAAAUCAGAUCUCAUAGACGAGGGCAACGACCUCGUAGGUGCCAGCAAUUCGGGCAUGGGAGGUAUGGUAAAAGGUAAAGGUGGAGAGUGGGAGGAGCGCACGGAUGGCGUGAUGCAGGUUCUCCGAACGAUCUGUCUAAAAUAUGGAGCAUCACUAUUCUAUACUACGCAGCAACCUAAUACAUUACAGGUGCUGAGGCAAUAUGCCCUGCACUUCCUAUUUAUCCCACCGGCACCGUCCCCCAUUGCGGCGGGAUCCGAGGCCCCGGCUCCCCUACGCAAUCCAUUUGUAUUCCAUUUUAAACCAAAUACCCUAGACCGCGAUCGCAUCGUCGUUCCCGCUGGUUGGGAUAGUUGGGGGAAGAUUGGAGUCCUUCGAGAAGGGUUUGAAGCGAAGGCUUGGGGCGAGGCUUGGGAAGCAGAUCUUGAUACCGACGUGUCGGAGUCCGAGGAUCAUUCAGGUGCGAAAAAACUGUAUAGGAUGUUAGUACCGGACCAAGGCGCCAAGCCACCUCCUUUACCUCCAUUUAAUGCCCCCAUGGCGGAGCAGGCGUUCCUAGCGAAACAUUAUGAUGACAAUGCCAAGAAACCAGACCGAGAUCCCCGUGGGGCUUUUAGAAAUCCCACGGAUACGGCGGCAGCUGGUAUUGUUGGGCCAAUGGGGAGCAGUAGUUUCACUCUUCCACACGUCGAGCGUGCGCUCAACGAGAUGGAGACCGGAAUGGGAACCAGUUCACUCAACGCCAGCACGACGGCCGAUGGGGCGCGCAGACUGUCACAAAGAGCUGCAACGGGUGCGGGCAUAACAAACCACGUUGGACGGCCACCAACCUCACCAACUAUCGGAACUUCGCCUAGUCCCACUGGAGGACAAACUCAACAUGAAGUUCUGCAAAACUUCUUCCAAAGUUUGCUCAGCUCACGGGAUCGCGGUGGUGCCGGCGCAACAGCUAGGAGCGUGACCCCAAAAACAAACGAUAAUACUAGUGGCACGGACGACACGAGCUAAUUACAUUCUUUGCAUACUUGUGGAUUUUUGUAUAAUACAGUGACAGUUUUUGCGCAAAGUCGACACAUUAUUGUUGUGUGUUGUUCGGAGAAUAAACAAUGACC